GCGCCCCUCCCCGGCCCCCUCGGUGUCGAGGCGGGGGGUCGCGGGCCCGGCCAUGCCCCCCGGAGCGUGAGGCCCGCGGCCGCGGGGUGCCCGCAGCAUGCGGAGGGUCCGGCGGCUGGUGCAUCUGGUGCUGUUCUGCCCCUUGUCCAAGGGCCUGCAGAGUCGCCUCCCGGGCAUCAAGGUGAAAUACCUGCUGGUGGUGUGGCUGGGCAUCUUUGUGGGCAGCUGGGUGGCAUACAUGCACUACUCCUCCUACUCUGAGCUCUGCCGUGGCCACGUCUGCCGGAUGAUCAUCUGUGACCAGUACAAGAAAGGAAUCAUUUCUGGCUCCACGUGCAAAGACCUGUGUGAGGAGCGCAGCCUCUUCUUCCAGCACUGCCUCUCCUCUUCUCCCACCCAGCAGGUUUACAUCGGGCUCUGGAGGGAGAGGGAGGUGAUCAUCAAGUGCAGCAUCGAGGAAGCCCUGAAGGGAGAUGGUCGCCCAGACUCGGUGCCCAGGAGGGAUGUGGUUCUCUUUGACAAACCCACACGAGGGACAUCGAUGGAUGAGUUCAAAGAAAUGCUCCUCAACUUCCUGAAGUCCAAGCUGGGAGAUCAGCCUUCUCUUGCAGCCUUGGUGGGCCGGAUCAUCACCAUGGCCGACGUCAACCGGGAUGGGAAAGUGUCUUUAGCAGAGGCCAAAUCCAUCUGGGCUCUACUUCAGCUCAACGAGUUCCUUCUCAUGCUCUCCUUGCACGAGAAAGAGCACACGUCCAGGCUGCUGGGGCACUGCGGGGACCUGUACGUCACCGAGAAGAUCCCUCACACCUCCCUGUACGGGCUGGACGUUCCCCCCUUCCUCCAGUCGCUGCUGCCUUCGCUCCUUCACCAGAUCAUCCACCAGUGGUUCGCCCCAGCCUGGCCCCGGCGGGCCAAGAUCGCCAUCGGGCUGCUGGAGCUGGUGGAGGAGAUCUUCCACGGCACCUACGGCAGCUUCUACAUGUGCGACACCAGCCCCAAGAACGUGGGUUACAACGACAAGUACGACUUCAAGAUGGUCAACCUGAGGCAGGUGGCGACGGAGACGACAAUCAGAGGCUUCCUCAAGGGCCGGCACUGUGAGCAGGACGUGGACUGCACCUACGGCCGGGACUGCGCGGCCACGUGCGACAAGCUGCUGAAGCAAUGCAAGAGCGAGAUGGUGCAGCCCAACCUGGCCAAGGUGUGCAGGCUGCUGCAGGAUUACCUGCUGUAUGGAGCGCCGCUGGAGCUCAAGGAGGAGCUGCAGAAACAGCUCCGAACUUGCAUGACCCUCAGCGGCCUGGCCAGCCAGAUGGAAGUCCACCACUCCCUUGUGCUUAACAACCUCAAGACCUUGCUCUGGAAGAAGAUUUCCAACACCAAAUAUUCCUAACAGGAGCGAAGCACGGCCCUGGGGUUUUGAGUCUGCAGUCUUGGAGGGAAGUCUGAGGGUUGAAAGCCUGUUUCUCCAUCUUUCCCCCCCUACACACACACAGGAAAAACACCCUGCACAGGGAGCUCAGCACAGCUGCAGCCCUUUCUCCUUCAUGGAAAACCAACAAGCAUCAUGACUCCCAGUGCCCAGGAGGAUCGUGGCUGUGGCUGGCAGGAGCGUGGUGUGAGGUGGCAGGGGAUGUGUGGCACUCGGGGCGCAGCGAGGGAGCGAAGCCCGGCUGGAUGGGGACCUCUGGGUGUUCCUGGAUUGACACCUCUGGGUGUUCCUGGAUUGAACAGGAAAGCAGUGCUGGGAGCUGAGAAUGAAUCAUUCAUGCUGUACUUGUCACAUCUCCUUUUGAUGAACGUCUCUGAUGUAAAUAAACAGCUUUUACGUGAAUCACACCAGAA